AUGAAGCUCUUAUCGUCUGUCGCCGCUCUGCUCUUGGCCCCGCUGGCUGUCACCGCUACACCCGCUUCGUUCUUUGGAUCUGGGCAGGAUGUUAUAGUACAGGAAUAUCCUGUCCACGGCGAUAACCCGCUGGAGUUUUGCACAGAACCGAGUAGCAACCUACUCGACAUUAAAUCCGUGGAUUUAGCUCCAAACCCUCCAAAGCCUGGCCAAAAACUUAAGAUCAAGGCCGAGGGCACUUUGCAUGAGCGAGUUGAAAAAGGCGCUUAUGUUCUUCUGGAAGUCAAAUACGGAUUGAUCACCCUUCUUAGGCAACGCCCCGACCUGUGUGAUCAGAUCGUCAACGUGAACCUGGAGUGUCCGUUGGAGGAAGGUCCCCUAGUUCUUACCAGGGAGGUUGAUUUGCCGGCUCAGAUUCCUCCGGGUAAAUACACUGUCCAUGCGGACGUCUACGACAAGAACGACAAGAGGAUCACUUGCCUGGAUGCCAAGAACAUUCAGUUCUAA